GGGAAGCACCAGAGGCACGGGAGGGUCAUGCUGCUGCAGUUAUUGGCAAACGACUAUUUGUAUUUGGUGGUUGUGGGAGAUCUGCAAAUAAUACUAAUGAUGUGUACUACAAUGACCUUUACAUAUUAAAUACAGAAACAUAUACAUGGCAGCGUGCUACAACAUCAGGCACUCCACCAUCUCCUCGAGAUAGCCACACUUGUUCAUCUUGGAAAAACAAAAUUAUUGUGAUCGGUGGUGAAGAUGAACAAGAUUAUUAUCUGUCUGAUGUUCAUGUUCUAGAUACUGAUACUCUUAUCUGGAGCAAAAUGUGUACCUCUAGCCAAUCAUUGCCACCUCGAGCUGGUCAUUGUACAGUUUCUUUGGGCAACAGUUUGUUUGUUUUUGGGGGCUUUACAGAAGCUCAAUGCCUAUACAAUGACCUGUAUAUGCUUGACAUUGAGACUUUUGUGUGGACGAAGGUGGAAACUACACCUAGUGGUCCUUCUGCUAGAUUUUCUGUAGCUGGUGACUGUUUAGAUCCACAUAUGGGGGGUGCUCUUGUGUUUUUGGGAGGUUGUAAUAGAAAUCUGGAGGCCCUGGAUGAUAUGUAUUACCUAUACACAGGUAUUGCACAGGAAAGAGAACUCAGACCAGAGAAGUUAUCCUUAAGGAAGCAAUUGAAGCUGAAAUGUCAAGAGCAAAAUCUCAAUCUUGUCCAAAACCCAGUUCUGUGUGGAUAUGGAGUGGAUGCUGGCAGUAAACUAAAUAUCCCAGUAAGGCAAUCCCUGCCUCCUGGAAAGAGAAUGUUUCAUGCCAAAGUUACGGAAAAAAUCUCAGCAGGAUAUACUAUUGAAACUGUUAUUGAUGGAAAGCCUCUUCAUGGAAUUCUGUUUUCAAACAAGCCAAACAUUCAAAGUCCAGUUGCUAAUACUUCCAAUAGGAAAAGGUCUGCUGGUGAAAUUGAAAAUGUUGAUUUAAAUGACAUGCUUACACAAUCAGACAAUGUAACAACUUCUGCAGUGCUCAGGCAAGAGAAAAUANAUAUGUAA